AUGACGGCGACCGUGGCCUGGUGCUCCAGCAUCUACACCGCUGCCCUCCCGGAUAUUAUGCAAGAUUUGGGAUGCUCGCAGAUUGUGGCGACCUUGGGAGUGACGACCUUUCUUCUAGGCUUCGGGUUUGGAUCUCUAUUGUUUGCGCCGCUCUCUGAGAUCUGGGGCCGGACGCAAAUCUUUCGCUUGACAAUGGGCCUGUUUGUAGCCUUUCAGAUCGGCUGUGCAUUAGCUCCGAACAUCACCUCUCUCAUCAUCUUCCGCUUUUUCGCAGGCUUCUUCGGUUCUCCUACCGUCAGCAACUCCGGGGGCUCCAUCACCGACCUCUGGCCGCAGAGUAAUCGCUCUGUGCCCAUGGCCUGCUUCUCUGCUGCUAGCUUCCUAGGCCCUGUUUUUGCCCCAGUGGUGGGUGGGUUCAUCUCGCAAUACGCGCCCUGGCGCUGGAAUUUCUGGGUGGUGCUCAUCCUCAGCGGCGUAGUCUACGUUGCUGUCUUGUUCUUCCUGCCCGAGACGUAUCCAACCAAGCUUCUAUACGACAAGGCCCGGCGUCUGGGCCGUGAGAAUGAGAUUGGACAACCCGAGGUCUGCCAGCAGCUGCGCAGCAGUCUGACACGUCCAUGGCUCAUGCUCUGUACUGAGCCCAUCCUCUUCCUGCUUUCUCUGUACAUGGCCUUCAUCUACGGCAUCCUCUAUCUGGAUUUUACCGCCUACCCGAUUGUCUACAAAGAGACACGAGACUGGAGUGCCGGAAUGGCCGGACUCUCAUUUCUCGGGAUCGGCGUCGGCAUGACCUUAGCAACCAUAGGUUCUCCUUACAUCAAUGUGAUCCACCGCCACUUUGUGCUCCGCCUCGGACCCCAGCCAGAGGCCCGCCUGCCCCAUCUAAUCAUCCUCGCCUGGCUCAUCCCCAUCAGUCUGUUCUGGUUCGGCUGGACCGCAAAACCUCCGACCCACUGGAUCUGCGGGAUCAUCGCGGGAGCCCCAUUUGGGUUCUCGAUCAUCCCUCUCUUCUUGGGCAUUAUGGCUUACCUGACAGACUGUUAUGGACCCUACGGUGCCAGUGCCCUGGCUGCCAAUGGCGUCUUGCGAUCCAUUUUUGGUGCUGUGUUCCCGCUCUUCGCUCAAGACAUGUACAAGGGUCUGGGGGUUUCAUGGGCUACCAGUGUCCUAGGUUUCGUCUCCCUGGCGAUGACACCGCUACCGUGGAUGUUCUAUCGCUCAGCUAAGGGCUGGGCCAGCGAUUUAACCAACACCGGACGUAUGUACUACACAUUGUGUAUUAAUAGAUUAAGCUAUAUACCUUGGUGGCAGGGAGGUUGUUUGACAGGAGGAGGCAAUGAGCAAGUGGCUGGAAUCUCUGGUCUCUAUAUUGCACUGUCUCUUCAACGGCAGGGACAUAAUGUCACGGUAUUCGAAGCCACUUCUAGGAUAGGAGGCCGAAUUUACACCCAUCGAUUUCAACCGCUCAACGAGGGCGAGGAUGUUUACUUUGAAGCGGGAGCUAUGCGAAUUCCCCGUUCCUCGCUACAUGAUCGUGUCUUUCACUUUGUGCAAUUUCUGAACACAUACGGCAAGCCCGAGGAUAAAGUCGAGCUCAUUCCAUACAUAAUCGAGCACGAGAAUAACAUCGCAUACGUCCACGGCCACAAAGCAGGCCUCAGUGACAUUGAGCAUGGAUCUCGCCUAGGAAUUCCCCAACCCUACCGAGCAAAGUCUGCGCGGGAGCUCCUGGGUGAGGUUGUCACGCCAUGGCUGAAACUCUUAGAGAGAGACUUCGACCAGGGUUUUGCCGAGAUCAUGAAGUACGACACGCUUUCUUUCCGGAGCUAUCUCGCAUUGGUCCAGCAAUGGCCACACGAGGUGAUUGACUUUGUCGAGCUGAUGACGAGUCAAACUAAUCAGUAUGACCUAAGCUUUGUCGAGAUCAUCAUGCAGAAUUUAGACUUUAAUGUUCGCGAGUGGUUUACUGUUGGUCAUGGCAUGUCCCGUCUUACGCAAGGGGCAGCCAAGCUUGUGGGUCUACAGAAAAUCCACACUAACUCUCCUGUCGACCGUCUUGUUGAGAACCCCGAUGGCCGUAUCACCCUUCAUGCGCAUGGACCCAUCCCUUUCACUGGUACCUUCGACAAAGUCGUCCUGGCCAUCCCCCCAGCCGCCCUUCAGGGCAUCCGGGAACGCCCAACCUGGAGCUUCAUGAAGGAGCAAGCAAUUCGCAGCGCCCACUUCGAACCAUUAUAUAAGAUCGGGCUACACUUCCGGACGCGAUUCUGGGAACAGCUCAGUGCCCCAUCGUUCGGAGGCCAAAGCGCCACCGACCUUCGGUUCAGAUGGAUUGUCUAUCCGUCCAACGAUCUGGGUACCUCUGGAUCGGGAGUCCUUCUGCUCUAUUGCUGGAUGAACGACGCAUACCGAAUCCAGUCGGUCCCGCGCGACCAACGUGUCAGACUGGCGCUGCAUGACCUGCAGCGCUUCUUCGCGGACACGGGUGUUGAUAUUUAUAGCCAGUAUGUGGAUUCCUUCGACAUCUGCUGGAGCAAUGAAUAUGUGACAGGUGAUGCAAUGUUUCUCCCUGGCCAGUUUAGUCGCUUCCAUCGUGUGGCCGCGAAGCCAGAGGGGAACAUCCACUUUGCUGGUGAGCAUUUAAGCCGACAUCAUACGUGGAUCUCUGGUGCCAUGGAAUCGGCGCAGAAGGUCGUCCAGGAGAUAUCCGGGGAAAUGGAUGCAAGACCUCUAGGAGAGGAAGAGUACACCCGGCAAUUCGUGAAGGCGAUCGAAACACCGCCUCGCCGUGUGGAUGCGAUACCAGAGCAUGAGAGACAGAUUCUAUCCCGACUAUAG